AUGGAGGUAACCACCUUAGCAGGGGCUUUGCUGAGGAAGGUUGGGGCUGCAAAGCUCAAGGCAGAUGAGGCCAAGACUCAGCUUGCCAAGUUGAGGGAGAAGAGUGCAAGUUGGGUAAGUGCCUAUGCUGAUCUGCAAGCGGUCAAGGUGGAGCUGGAGAACACACGCAGCCAGGUUGUGUCGCUCGAGUUCCAACUAGCUGGCGAGCAGAAGAGGUUGGAUGAGACCCGAAAAGCCUGUGCGGUCGCGGUCGAACGACAUGAAGAGGCAAUGAUCAAUAAUGAAGAGCUGGUCAGGCAAAAGGAUGAGGCAGUCGUGAAGAUUAGCGAUCUGCAGAAGGAGUUGGAGGGCGAGCGUACGAAGACACUGGAAGAGAGAGAGAGCCUUCAGAAGGAGUUGGAGGCAGAGAGAGCGAAGGCAACUGCGGAGAGGGAGACCUUGAAGAAGGAGUUAGAGGCAAAGAAGGCCAAGGCAGCCUCUGAAACGGCGACCCUGCGGAAGGAGCUGGAGGAAGAAAGGGCGAAGGCAGCCUCUGAAAGGGCGGCUUACCCCAAUCUGUAUGUGGCAGCAGUGGAUCAAUUCAAGGGGUCUACUGAGUUUCAGAUGGCAGUGGAUGCUGCAGUCGCCAGCAGCUUGGCGAGGGAGGAGUCUGGGGGGGGUGGGCCCAUCAAGGACGACCGCUGGGGGCAGAACUGA